AUAGGGGGUUAUUUAUAAGAUAUCUGUGCAUAUAGCAUCUUCAAUAAUAAAUGUGGUAGUUUAAGGCUCACAUUUUAUCCAUCCAGUCCACAUUAUGUUAGAAUAAUAAUUAAAACAUCAUAUUUAGAAUAUAAGCCAUUUUUUAUAAUACGAAACGAAGAUUUUGAAAAGUGGAAACCCGAUUGCCGAAUGAGGAAGCAAUGCAGGUCACGUUUCGCAGCCAUUGAGCGAGCUCGAGUUGGAUUUAGCUGGUUACCCCAGCUAGCAAUCAGCUGUUGCAAGCCAGCUAGCAAUAGCGAGGCAGUGUGAGGAAAUGGCGAGCCACUGCAAUCAGCUGUUUUCUGGAAGCACUAGCAGGAUGGGUGUACAUAUUCAAUUUUUACCAACAGUCUUUCUUGCUGUAUUUUCUCAGCUUUUUCAUUAUGCUCAGGCAAGGGAAUUCUGCCAAGUGGAAGGAUAUUGGUGCGAAACGGGGCAUUGUUGUGGGAGCGGCGAAUGUUGUACAUAUUACUACGAACUUUGGUGGUUCUGGCUUGUCUGGUUUCUGAUCGUGUUCAUCAUUGGGUUCUGUGUGUGGCAGAGGAAACGCUUCCACCCAUGGAGAGACAACCGAUGCGAACGCACCUGCUCCAUCCAGGAUAUGUUUCUUGGCAGAGGUUACAAUUUCCCAGACGUUACUCCAGUACCACCAUGUAAAUUACCAUCAUACUCAGAGAUUGGCGAGACUGUGUCUUACGACACGCCACCCCCUCCUUACAAUGUGGAAGCUGCCAUACCAUGUCUCGGAGAGGGGCCUAGCACUAGUCUUCCAGUAGGGGGUAACCAUUGUCCCCCACCCCACCGAGGCCGCCUCCAAGCAAUAACUCAGAGUUCCUCAUCAUUGAACAGUACUCCAAGUCCUUCUGAUGCUCCCCCAAGUUACUCAGACAUCAUCGGCAGCAACAUACCGGUGUUUGCUUCGAUGCCAAGCACGCAGAUCCUGUCACAGCCAAGACUCUCGACAGGGACACAGUUUCCUGAACACCUACAGCAGCAACUUCUGCAGCAGCAGCAACGGCAACAGCAACAGCAGGAACACCAGAAUCAGAACAAUAGUGGUAGCAACACGACACUCAACUCACCCUCCACCCCAGGGAGACCUUUGUCGACAACUGUAACCCAGGUUUCAGGGGUAGUUGCUACAUGUGCAUGCGGGUCACCAUUGCGAUCUCCAGUUAUAACCGCACAUACUAGGAUGUUGCCGCCACCUGUUCCCUCAUCGCCAAAGACGACGGUGGUUUCCUUGGCCCAAAGACCUCAGCGUUUCCUGAGUCCGCACGGUUCACCUCAGCGCUUCAGGACAUCGGUUGUGACGUCUUCAUCUCAGUCAUCUUCUAGUUCCAGUUUAAAUAGGCAAAACUCUGCUUGUGUCGGACACUCGCCUACCGCCUCAGGAACACCACCCCGCCCAGGGACAGCCGUUCGUUCAAGCCCCUUGGUGGAUGAUAGUCAAGGGGAUGACCCUAGCAAUGGUCAUACUGUAGUGGACAUGAGAACUAAUUCAGCUAGAAGGGGAUUGGGGUUCUUCUCAAAGUGGAGGCACCUGCGCUGAGGGAAUUCAGAGUAGUAAGGUUGGAAUUCUUUAAUUCCAACCAGCAUCUCGUCGACUAUCUCUGCCCUGUGUGCAGUAUUAGCCAGCUGGAAAUAGAGCUGCUCCGUUUUAUGGAGCAUGGGGCUCGGCUAUGAUGAUAUACAAACAAGGAAAUUAUGUAAUUUCCUUGUUGCUAUGGUGAUUAUGAUUAAUGUAAUGAAGGAGUAAUCAAUGUUAUUUUGCAAGAUCAAUACCUACUGAGGUUAGUGUAGAAUGGGGACACUUCCCUAUGAGCUUUUUAUAUGUGCUGCUUUUUUUCUGUUUUUUGAAAUGUAAAAUUACAAAGUUGCCUGUAAGCGCAGAUUUUGUUAAACAUCUCUCUAUCAUGGAUCAUAUGCAUAUUUUCAAGUGAAAUGCAUUUGGUCUUUGUUUUCAUUCAAUCCACUGAAAGGAUAUUGUGGUCUUUGAUAUAAUUUAAUUUGCAUUUGUGCAUCGAUGUUAAAUUUUAAUUAAGAAGUUUCGUGCAGAAGUAAGACAUGAGAUUAUGGGACAAUGCUGUCUUGAUGAAGAUUCAGUUAUCACUUCAGGGAAUUAUAGUCCAUGUUUGAGGAUUUAAAAAAAAUAUGUUUAUACUGGUGCCUCUUGUAUAGAUAUUCAUCUGAUUUAAUGCAACUAAAGAGUCGAACAAGUCCUAAGUAUACGAAAAUAUUUGGUGAAAAGUCUUAUUGAUUUUUAGAGUUGCGAUUAAUCAUAACAUAUGCAAAGGCCCCAGAUGUGCAUUUUAGUUCUCACAUCGACUAAUUAUUUAUGUGUUUUACAGUCUACUCUUUGGAAUUGUAACUUCUAAUUCCAUGAGCUGACCUGAGAAGUAUUAUACUACUACUGUACAAUAGAUCAGCAUCCUGGACUAGAUCUCAGAGACUCAUAUAGUGUGCCUUGUCUUAAUGUUGCUUUCUAGGUUAUCAUUUCAAAACACCUUUGCAAAACAAUUCAAACAUUUUCCACCUAACAUGUACACGUGAGGACUUUAACCAAGCAAGCUUCCCUUUGAAAUACUCCAACUUUACAUGCACAUGUAUGAUGGUCUCUAUAUUUUUCGAAAGAGUUAUGUGCAUGUACAUGUAGUAUGGAAUUGAAUUGCCAUAAUUAGAAUGUUUGAAGUCCUUAUGUUGUAUUCGUUCAUGUACGUUAUUACCUCACCAUCACCUGAUGAAGUUUCUAUCUUACUUUGAGUAUAGCUAUAUUUUUAAUGAAAUUAUACCUCCUGAAUUGCUCUAGUAACUGUGUGCAUCAUUGUAUGAUCAAAGUGAAGUGCUUGUUAACCAAUCAGUAUUUAUCUGGAUGCCAAUUGGCAAGAAAUCUUUUGGACAUUUCUUAGGAUAGAUGUGGAAAUGGGUCAAUGUUAUUUACUUUGUGGAUGCAAAUUGCAUUGGCAUUAAUUUCAAAAUAAUUAGCAGAAUUAACUUGAUGGGCAUUCAUUUGUCUUGUAGUACUAGUCUUUCAAAGUGUUCUGUCUAUUCUUCAGUGACCAAAUACAAGGUUGUACAUGUGAAAUUAUUUUCUUCUUUUAAUGGCUUAUAAAUGCUGGUACAUGUACAAACCAUAUCCAGAAGAUACAAUGUUUUAAACCUGAAAUAAUGUAUUAGCCCACUGCACUACCCUUUUUGCUGAACCACAAGGUUUUUUCUUGACAAUGCAUGUGCUUUAAAAGAUAUUUCUUGAAUGUUCAACUCAAUCUUCUAUACUGAUAUGUACAGUAGUGGACACAUAUUGAGCCAUAUUGUAGUUACAAUUUUUGCAUCUUGUUACAGACUCAAGUGACAAGAAUGAUAAACAUGUAUUGAAAUCCCCUCAUCAUGUUCUUAAAUGCUACAUCUAAGACUGUUUCAUUCUUCGAACCAUGCCUUUUUGUCAAAUCAAAUUAUAUUUUGUCAAACAUUUGACAAGGAGAAAUUGAUGGAUUUUUACAAGUAUUGAGAUCGAUGUUCAAUCAUAUUGAUGAUCUAACAUUCAAAAGGUGUCAGUAUGCUACAUACUUACAGUAUAUUAGUGAUUUUGGAUAGGCUGAAAGUGAUUUUGAAAUAUCACAUUAUUGUAUAGAAGUAUAGUAACUGCAAUUGCAUUUCUUUUUUAUGCUUCAUACAUGCAUAUAUUGUUGGUAGUAUAUAUGGAUGUUUAAAAAAAAGUCUUUCUACUACAUUAGUAGUUAAUUUGUUGAUAAUUUGUAACAGAGAAUUCUGUUCAUGAAUGCUUUUUUAAUCUUAGAAUUACAUGCCAUCUACAUGGAGGUGCUAGUUGUACAAUCUUACUGUGCAGAAAGGGAUUUCUGUUUGUAUUUGUUGUAACAUACAUUUGAUUAUGAUUGCAUUCCGAUUGAUGCACCAACAGGAUUGGUCACAAUUGGAGCUUGAUAUCAAAUAUUUGACAUCUGAUUUGUUGUUAUGAUUAAUUUGAUAAACGCAGCAGACGUGUAUUUUGUUUUGAUGAUAUGUAGACUCGUUUCUACAAUGUACAUGUGAAUUAUUUUAGUUUAGAAGUUGAGCUCAUAGGGUCUUCGUGAUAGCUUAUAGCAGUCCUCGGUAUUAAAUUACUCCUUCAAAAUUACUUUGUCAUGAUAUUAAUGCAUGUAACAUGUAUUGUAGAAUGAUACGUUAUCGCCAUUUACAUUGAUAUCUAAUUUGUCAUGAAAUGAACUUUCACUAUUUUGAAACCAAAGAAAAUAGGUAAAAAAAUUAAAAAAAUAUUCAAAUAUAA